CAACCUCUCCAUGUCUUAUUUCCCAAGCUCAUAUCCUUCCCCCUCUUUCCUUUCCCUUUCUUCCUCUUCCUAACAAGAGAGUUUAUUUUUCCUAAAAAAUAAUAGUACAAAACAAAGAAGGAAGACAAAAUGAGGAGUACACCCACCACAAUGCUAAACACACACCCCAACAAUACCCACACAAGUACUAUUAAUCACUCAUUAUGGCAAACUCCAAUCCCAUAUCUCUUUGGAGGACUAGCUGCCAUUAUGGGUCUAAUAGCCUUGGCAUUGUUGGCACUAUCUUGCUCUCACUGUAAACUCUCAAGGAACAACCAAGAUGAGGACCACAAUGACUUGGACAACAAAGAGAGUGACCCUCAAACUAAGGAAUCCAUCAAGGCCUACGAAGAGAAGGUCCUUGUUAUUAUGGCUGGGAAUGAAAAACCAACAUUCUUGGCUACCCCUGUAGUUUUGUCCAUUAUUGACAGAGAAAUUGAUAACCUUGUACUUGUUCCAGCUACUUCUACUCCACAAGAAAAUCAAGGCUCUUGCUCUUCACAGCAUACUCAAAUGGUUUAGCUGUGAGUAAACAUUGGGACACCUUUUAAAAGUUAGAGAUUCUAAUUACAAUUAAUUAGAUAGGAAAAAACUUGUGGUAAAUACUCGCAGUAGAUAGUUGUUGUAUCAACCACAACAUGAUAGAAAAAUACUGAGAAUUUGUUUCAAACAUUAGUGUCCAGAGAACUAGCAGAAGUCAAUGCUUUGAAGAAUUUAUAUCAGCUAGAAACCAUUUAAGGACAUGUCAACAUAAUUCUAACACCACAAACUCAACCUACUUGAGAGCCAACAACAAAUUCUGAUAAUAAAUCAGAUGGCAUAUCACAGACUCAAGUUCUGUAGUCUGAAUUCAUGUCAUCAUCCCUCAAGAUGAAAGCAAAUAUGGAGGUAAUAGAGCCAGAAUCCAAAAAUGAAAGUAAGCAGCACAUGCCUGAAGGAAGAGAAUUAUGAAGCAUCGUGUCUUCUAGAAAGAAGGAUAAGAAUGAUCCGAGUUGUAUAGCACCUUUUGACAUAGACGUAGUAGCAUUAUAUAUGCCCCCUCUAUUUCAAAUGGUUGCUUUUUUAAGUAAUUUCAAUUUGAUACAAAACUUUGGGUUG